AUGGGCGCUCUUGAGAGAGGCAUCUCUUUAGCUGGCCAUUUGCAAAUGAAACAACAGGGUGGAGCUUUGACCUAUUUGCGAGCGAAAAAGCAAAAAGAUCCAAUUGGUGAAAUCAAUCUUCAUCAAGUCGUUUUUACCACUUCCGAUACCAAUUCAAAGACGUUUUUUAUUCAUACCCCGGAUAAACGUUUCGAGCUGGAAGCGGACAACGAGAAGAGCUGUCAGUGCUGGCUGGAAGCUCUCUCGAGGAGGAAAGGAGACCCAGGAAAUGAAAUUCCACUUAUUUCACCACCAUCGUUCUUUCGACGCAGAAAACUCCGAAGUCAUUCUCUGCCGAGCGAGACUGAUUUCGUGAAUAAACGUGACGGCAAUUUGCACAUAAAAGCAACGCGAUCACCGAGAAAAUAUUCGUGCAACGAUCAAAAGGACGAUCAAUCGGAACGAUCCACCUUUGCGCUUUCAGUCCUGGAGGAGAAAUUGAGAAGAAUCGGGGCUUUUAGCCCGCAACACCGAUGGACAGAUACGGGAAGUACGGGAACUGGAGAGAGUGAAUGCACGACAACAGAAGAGACACCGCCAACAAUGACAACAGCUCCUGUUUGGUUGGAUGAAUGGGUUCACAAAUGGCUUCAACAACAGCAGCCAUUUCUCGAUGAAAACACACGCCAACAUAUCUCUCCACCGAACUCGCUCGCAUCAUCUAACGAAACUUCUUUAUAUAAUAGUCAUGAUGGAUCAUCAGCGACAAGUGAAUUGGUUGAAAACGACGAAUUAAACAAGCUUCGAGUAAUCGACAAUCGCCAAAAAGAGAGAAUCUACCAAUUAAAUUGCGAGAAAAAGUUGCUCAGCGAGCAAAUCGAUGAACUAAAAAAGAAAACCCUGGAGGCAACAGCUGAAGGCCGGCAACUCCUCCAGAAUCAGAACAAGUUUCUGAAUGGUGAGGUUUUGCGGUUGAACAAACGAAAUAACGAAUUGGAGACAAGAUUGAGAAACACUGCUGGCUCUUUGGCUCAAGUAAAAGAAGAAUUGGAAAGAUAUAAGAGAGAAUAUGUUUUCUGUCUUCAAUCGUGCAUCCGUAUCCCUCUACAUGAUAACAAUUCUCUUGACAUUGUUCAAGUGAAACUUUAUGGAGGAGAUGUGCACCGCAAAAGAGUCUCGGAAUUGUUGGCCGCCGCUCGCGAAGAGGAACCCAGUUUGCCAACAUUCCAGAGUGUCCAAACUGGGACAUAUGUGGAUUGUUACGGUUUCCGUCAUCACUAUCCCGAUCCAUCACUGACUGUUCACUACGUAGCCACUCAACUUCAUCUUCACUACAGUGAACGCCUUGAAUCAUCGAAAGAACACCGAAGACGGUGGAAAGCUUUCUUGGAAAGUCAUCCAACGAUUCCGAUUUGUAAAGAAUCCAAGCAACUCGUUCGAGCCGGAAUCCCGAAUGGAAUGAGAAGUUCUGUAUGGAAAAUUCUCAUCAAUCAACAAGUGCUGGACAUGAAAGUUCAAUACGGCAAGUAUUAUUAUCGUAACCUUUGCAGUCUACAAGGUGGAGAAGCUGAGAGAAUGUUCUGCAAUCACCACCAAAAACAAAUUAAUCUCGAUUUGCUGAGAACGAUGCCAAACAAUGUGCAUUUCAUGUCAGCCAAUUGCAAGGGAGUCUCUCAAUUGCAACAAGUGCUUCGAGCUUUCUGUCUUCACAAUGGAUCACUUGGAUAUUGUCAAGGAAUGAACUUCUUGGCAGCUACAGCUUUGCUCUUUGUCGGACCUGAGGACGCUUUCUGGUUCUUGAUCGCUCUCACUGAGAAAUUUUUUGACAAAUCAUAUUUUGAUGAGAGUUUAGCCGGAGCACAAGCUGAUCAAGAAGUACUCAAAGAACUACUUGAAGUAAAAUUCCCACGAAUCCAGCAACACUUGGAUCAAUGCGAGAUCGAGUUAGCUACUGUUACGCUUAAUUGGUUUAUCGCUCUUUUCUUUGAUGCUGUUCCUUUUCAGACUUUACUUCGAAUUUGGGAUUGUUUUCUGUUAGAAGGACCAAAGGUUCUCUUCCGAUUCAGUGUUGCUUUGCUGGGAAUGAAUGAAGCUGAGAUUUUACAGAAAAAUGACACAAUUGGCAUUAUGAAGAUUGUGAAAGCAGCAGUUAGAUUAACUUACGAUAUCGAUGGACUCUUUACUUUGGCUUUCUGUGACCUAAACCCGUUCCCAGCAAGAGCUCAAUUGAAUACAAAACAACGAACUUUCCUUGCGCUUUUACAAGAGAAACUCUCAAGAAGACAACAAAGAAGAGAUGUCUUGACUAGUACGUGUGAUUCCGCUUAUGCUUCGUCAACAACUGAACCCAAUGACACUCCGAUCUCCGACUUAGCCAUGUCUCCAUUCAAUGAUGGAUUUGGCUUUGUUGUCGCGGGAAACCAGCAUAUUGGCUUCAUCGGCAAGUUGGUGCUGGAUCCAAUCCUCAAUCGGGUUCACCGCUUGGACAUUGAGUUCGAUUGUCGAGUUGUUUCCCUUGUAAUUGUUCGACAAGAGAUGGCCUUUGCAAGUCUCAUUUCUGGCUAUAUCGUGGCUUUGCAUAUAGAGGGAACUGAAUGCUCAAUCCUCUGGGAGCUCAAGUUGUCAGAUGUUGCUUUAAAGCUCUUGCACGAUGACACAAGGAUCAUCGCAGUGCUCGCGAAUGGGACAAUCACAAUUCUCGAGAAUGUAAUCGAAAAGGCUCCAACUAGUUUGGAACUUCUGCACGUUCCUGUUGGAUCGGCUCCGAUUGGAGAAGCGGCGAUUGUUGGGGAUCUCUUGUUUCUAGCAGUUGCUUGUCGCAUUGUCGUGCUGAACAGAGAAUCACUUUCCCAUUUGUCAUCAAUCUAUGUGGCUUGUUCGGCAAGUGGAAGUGGAACACCAUUCUUUGAAAAGAUUGUUUGCCUUUGCCCAUCCCCGUAUGGAGCAUUUGUCGUCACAGCCAACUCCACCCUUGUCCAACUCUGGACCGAAUCAGCGCAAUGCGGUCUACUAUUUGAUGUCGCAUUUGAUCACAGCAACAGAAAACCAUCUUUGGACAAUUUUGGUGAUGAAGAGCAAUCGAUUCACAUCUCGGCGCUAGCGCAUUUGGAUGGAUUGCUGUGGGUUGGGACAAGUGAUGGAUAUGUGAUCAUGUAUCAAAUGGAACAGGCUAGCUGCGAGACGAAAUAUCGAGUUCAUCGAUACCCAGCCGGACGUCGUAUCCAUCCGCGGAAUUCCCCAGGUGGUGACAAAGAAGGAGGACGGGGAGCUCUUUGUUACAUCCCGACACGAGAAGAAACACGAAUGGAUGAAGCGACGGAAAGAUUGGAAAGCCCAAAUCGAAUCCCUCGACGAGUCUCCGUAAUGAUUGACAAGGACACGCAGAAAUAUAGUGUCCUCGUUGCAAAGAUGAGAUCCAAAUCUUUCAAUCAAAAGAGCACGUUGCCGCAAAGGAAACCACGCUUGAACUCGAGCUCGAAACCUCAACUUUUAACGAAAGAGAUUAGUCAUGAUUCGGCCGUUUCAGUGUUCUCAAAUGGAGACUGUGACAUUGAGACUCAAAAACGAGCCGAAAUUGAGCAACGAAAGGUUGAAAGAGAGAAGAUCCUUCGAGUCCUCCGCGCCUCUACCGGAUCCAGCUCGAUCUCCAUGGACUAUGAUGACCAAGUUGAGCUCUAUUCGGAGGACGGAUUUGGAAAGCGCAUUCGCCGGCUCUCUGUCCCAUCAAGCAGAUCGCUUCACAAGGAAGUUUUGGAUAUAAACCGAAACUCGACAAAUGACAACUCGACUUCUCGACUUCCAAAACUUCGAAGAAAAGAUCUCACUUUUGAUGAUCCACUUGUGGUGGCUAUUCAAGAAACUGAUGAAUCAGCUCCAUCCACUUCAGCUAGUCCAAAAUCGGAAAGUGAGACGAAUGUGGAUCCUGUGGUUUCAUGUGUGAGUCUGACUUUAACGAUGAAAUUGAAGAUCUCUGAUCGACCGGUGAGAAAAAUGAUCCCAACAAGAUAUUUGGGUCGAGAGGCGAUGAUCACUUGUUCGGGAAAUUAUGGAGAUGAAGAAGCAUUACUCAAAUGGUACAAGGAACAAGAGAGUGGUCUUUGGAUCAACGAUCCGAUUGUGGACUCUUUGGCGAAUCGUCGUUACUCCGUUUUCUCAUCAACUCCCAGCAGUCCCCGAAAUGCUGGCCUGCCUUCU